GUCCUUCACGCGCCACCGUUAUCCCUCCCUCUCUCUUCUCUUUUCCUUUCCCUGUUCUGUCAUUUCCACCACGCUUCCCCUUCUACAACACCUUUUCAUUUCUCUAUUUGGCCUUUUAUUCAUCGCUUUCAUUUAAUUCAUUUCAGUUCUCUGCAUUCACUUUUUCAAUUCCAUGUGUGAGAUUAUUGCUUUCUAAUGGCUGAGACCACAAAAUACAUUGCCAACUCAGAAUUAGAGCUUGAAGAGAUAUUGCAAGAAGCAUCACAUCGUUGGCUUCGACCUGUUGAAAUAUGUGAGAUACUUCGCAACUAUAAGAAGUUUAAGUUAACACCAGAUCCACCUAUUAGACCUCCAGCUGGAUCACUAUUCUUGUUCAAUAGAAAAGCACUUCGUUAUUUUCGCAAGGAUGGUCACAGGUGGAGGAAGAAACAAGAUGGGAAGACUGUAAGAGAAGCUCAUGAAAAGUUGAAGGUUGGUAGUGUGGAUGCCUUGCACUGCUACUAUGCCCAUGGAGAGGACAAUGAAAACUUCCAACGGAGAAGUUUUUGGAUGCUUGACCAGCAGUUAGAGCACGUUGUCCUUGUUCAUUAUCGUGAAAUUAAAGAGGGCUGCAAAUCUAGCAUCUCACCUUUUCCGGUAGUUCCAGUAACCCUGGUUGGUAGCUCUCAAAAUAGUUCAGUGCUUUCCUCUACCAGAAUAAGCACACCGAUAUCUGUAGUUCAAACAUCUUUCACAUCAAGUGCAAAUAAAGUUGGUCAGAAUGGACACUCUUCAGAGUAUGAAGAUGUCAAUUCAAAAGAUGGUCCUCAAGCCCCCUCUUUCAAAAGAUAUCAUACUGAAGGAUCUGUUGAAGGUUCGGAAGCUGACUUCACUGUUCAUCGGCUAAAUAACGAUAAGAUAGAUGCUGUUAAUAGAAUGCAAGAUGGUGUAAUUUUCAGAGAUAGCCACAUGUACAUACAACAAGUUGAAGAAAAUUUACUGACUGUUGAUCAGGUGCAAAACCAGGAUGGUCUGGAUACAAUCUGUGCUCAAUUAUAUGAUCGUAAUGAUCAUCCAAUUGUUGCAAAUACCAAAGCGCUAGUUGAACAGAAACUUAAAGAUGGGGAAUCAAAACAGGCUGAAUCUGGGGAAAUCAAGAAACUUGAUAGUUUUGGAAGGUGGAUGGAUAAGGAGAUUGGUGGAGACUGUGAAAAUUCCUUGAUGGCUUCAGAUUCUGGUAAUUAUUGGAGUACACUUGGUGCUCAUAAUGAGGAUAAGGAGGUAUCUAGUUUACGACACAUACAGUUGGAUAUGGAUUCAUUAGGCCCUUCUCUUUCCCAAGAACAACUAUUUAGUAUCCAUGACUUUUCUCCAGAGUGGGCAUAUACUGGGGUUAGAACAAAGGUUUUAAUAGUUGGCACAUUUCUCGGAAGUAAAAAGCUCUCUAGUGAAACCAAAUGGGGAUGUAUGUUUGGUGAAAUUGAGGUUUCUGCUGAAACUUUAGCAGAUAAUGUGCUAUGGUGUCAGACUCCUUUGCACUCACCUGGCCGUGUACCAUUCUAUGUUACCUGCAGUAAUAGGUUAGCUUGCAGUGAGGUCAGGGAAUUUCAAUUUGAUGAACAUCCAACCAAAUUUUUAGGUCCUUUGGGUAUUAAAAUCUCACCAGAAGUUGAGGUACGACUUCAAAUACGACUUCUUAAACUAGUAGACUUGGGACCUGACAAUAAGUGGUGGAAGUGCUCUGUUUCUGGUUGUGAAAAAUGUAAACUCAAGGGAAUAAUGUGUUCCAUGAGAGGUGAUAGUGGAGUAUUUAAAGAAACUUUUCAGAUUGAUGGAAUUGAUCAUAUAAACCCUAGAGAUGUACUAUUUCAGAGAUUAACGAGAGACAAGCUUUAUGAGUGGUUGAUAUACAAGGUUCAUGAAGGAGGAAAAGGAUCACAUGUGCUGGAUGAUGAGGGCCAAGGAGUAAUACAUUUGGCAGCUGCACUUGGUUAUGUGUGGGCUAUGGUCCCAUUGAUUGCUGCUGGUAUCAGUCCUAACUUCAGAGACAAUCGUGGAAGAACAGGACUUCAUUGGGCAUCGUAUUUUGGGAGAGAAGAAACUGUUAUUGCUCUAGUCAAAUUAGGCGCAGCACCAGGUGCUGUUGAGGAUCCAACAUCAGCUCUUCCUCCAGGUCAAACAGCUGCUGAUUUAGCUUCAAGUAGAGGACAUAAAGGCAUUGCUGGGUAUUUGGCCGAGGCAGAUCUGAUUAAUCGAUUAUCUAUACUGACUGUGAAGGAAAAUGGAGCUGGUAACAUUGCCACAACCAUAGCAACUGACAGUGCUUUUAAGUCUGCUGAAGAUGACUCGUCUAAUUUGACAAUGGAUGAGCAACACUAUCUCAAAGAGUCCCUUGCUGUGUUUCGAAAAUCAGCUCAUGCGGCUGCUUCAAUCCUAGCUGCAUUUAGAGCAAGGUCAUUCUUUCAGAGACAAUUAGCCAAAAGUAAAAGUGAUGUUUCAGACUCAGUACUUGACAAAGUUGCCGAUUCUUUGGGCAAGGUACAGAACAUGAGUCACUUUGAGGAUUAUUUACAUUUUGCAGCCUUGAAGAUUCAAAAGAGAUAUCGCGGAUGGAAAGGAAGAAAGGACUUUUUGAAAAUAGGCAACUGCAUUGUAAAAAUCCAGGCUCAUAUCAGAGGACACCAAGUUCGAAAGCAAUACAAAAAAUUUGUGUGGUCUGUUAGCAUUGUGGAAAAAGCGAUUCUUCGGUGGAGACGGAAAGGAGCUGGUCUGCGAGGAUUCCGGGGAGGGCAGCCGGUUGGCAUUGAUGAGUAUGACUUUCUUAGCGUUGGGAGGAGACAGAAAUCAGAUGAUGUAAAGAAAGCUCUGGAUAGAGUCAAGUCCAUGGUUCGUAACCCAGAUGCAAGGGAUCAGUAUAUGAGGCUCACCAUGAAAUAUCAGAAGUUUAAGAUUGUUGAUAGCAGAAGCAUUCAAUCACAUGUCGAUUAGCCUCCAGAGGAAGGAAAGAGCAAUACUGAGCACUUCUUGUUUAUAAUAGAAACUACAUACAGAUAUACUUUUUAUGUAAAUAGCAUCUAACAAAGUUUCUAGUGUAUAUGGAAGUUUCUAGUGUAUAUAGGAAUGGUCGCUAUAAUAUUACUUUUUAUUUA